AUGCGAUUGCUGAUUCUUCUGUUAUACGCAGUUUCUGUUGUCAACGGUUCUCUAGAUGCACGAAUCGUUGGGGGCGAUGCUGCUCAGGAAGGCAGAUUUGUCUAUCAGGUAGCAGUAAAAUACCGAAAUAUUCUCACGUGUGGUGGCUCCAUUAUUAAUAGUCGUCACAUACUUACAGCCGCGCACUGCAUUUAUCGUCUAGAUCCAAAACUCUUUAAGGUAGUUGUUGGAACUAUUUACUUAAACAAAGGCGGUGAAACAUAUUUGGCAGAAGCGUUACUUUGGCCUAUCAAUUAUGACGAAAUAAAAAUUGUUAAUGACAUCGGUUUAAUACGCCUGACUAAACAUAUCAUAUUCAACAGUAGUAUUCAACCAGUUAUACUUCCAUCCACGUAUUACGUCCCUGAGGGAGAAACUGCUGUUAUAAGUGGAUGGGGAAGGUUGAACAAAACGGGAUCAAGUCCUGUUACAUUGCAAGAACUUUCCGUGGUGGUGAUAUCUCAAUCGUUGUGUGACCGAUAUUAUUGGGAGUUGUCGAAAAAUAGUAUAUGUACGCACACGAACAAAACCAUAGGUGUUUGCUUUGGUGAUUCUGGUGGUCCUUUGGUUCUCAAUGGUGUCCAAAUUGGAGUUGUUUCUUAUGGUCGACCCUGUGCUACCGGAUCUCCCGACGUCUACACUAGAGUGUACCCGUACACGAAAUGGAUACAAGUAAUGUUAGAAUCGACUGAGUGCGUUCAGAUAAACGCUACGAAUCAUAUUCACAUCAAUAUAUGGAUUGUAUUGUCACUCACAAUAUUAACGCUUGUGUCAUAUUCAAAUUUGCUAUAGAUAUAUUAGUUC